UUUUGGCAGAGCAAUCAGUGUUAGCUGAGCUCUUUCACGGAAUGAAGCCAAGUAACCCCAUUUGUUGCCUUUUGCAAUGACCAGCAGAUUCACACAGCCGCGAAGAGGGAACCUUUUCACAUGAAGCCCAGUUCUGCUAGAGCACCAUGUCAAGCAAGAACAGUUCUGAUGAUCCGCCUUCCACAACAACCGUUAGUUCCGUUCUUGUCCAGGCUGGAGACAGCAGAAUUAUCAUAGCUGUUCUUAAGUGUGGGCAAUGGGUGCAGCUCCAGCUAGCUGAAUCGGUGCCAAAUUUAUUAGAAAUUGGCAGCAAUCAAGAAGAGACCAACAAAUUAUUGCAAGAUCAUGAACUUCUCCUGGCUAAAGUUAAGCCUUUGGAAGGCCAAGUUUGGGACCUGUUACGAGAAGCAGACGAAACCGCAGCAGAAAACAAAGAUCAAGGGCAGGUGUAUGAUGCUAUGGCAGAAACACUGGGAGAUGCUUGGGAUUCCCUUGUUAGUUUUCUAGAGAAGCGGAGGGUGCUUUUGAAACUUACUUCGAGUUUUUUUGAAAAUGCUCUUGAGUUUGCUGUCAAGAUCGACCAAGUCGAAGAUUUCCUGCAGAAUUCCCAGGAGUUUGAGAACCCUGAAUCCCUGAAAGCACUCCUUCAUCAGCAUGAACAUCAUACAAAAGAGCUCUUAGAAAAGUCACUUGUCCUCUUGAACAAAAGCCAUGACCUUACCGAAUUCAUAGAGGAAUUCAAAGCUGAUGGGCCGAAUGUCAAUCCAGAAUUUGUCCAGGGAGCUCAUAGCAGCUGCUUGAAAAUUGACAGCCUCCUUGAAGUUCUCCAAGACCGGAGGAGGCAGCUGGACAAGUACUUGAAGCUGCAGCGCCGAGGACUGGAGCAGGUUAUGCAAAUCUGCCAGUGGCACUACCAGGAAAAUCAGAUAACCUCUUGGUACAAGCAGAAUAUAAAAGAUUAUUUCCAUAAGCAAAACCUUGGGUCAUCUUUAAAAGACAAUGAAGAAUUGCUUCAGGAGCACACAGAAAUGGAAAAUAAGGUUAAAGAAUGGAAUUCUGCUUUGGAAGAUUUAAAAUCGGAUGCACUCAGGAUUCUGUUCUCAGAGGAGUAUGCUGAAAAAGAGCACCUAAAGCUUUCGAAUCAGAAGAUAAAUCUGUUGCAACAGGAAGUGAACCGCUGUAUGGAUGAACGGAAGACUUUGUUGCAAGAAACCAAUGACUUUUUCAACACAGCGAAAAAGGCAUAUGACAUACUUGGAAAUGUAGAAGCUUCCCUUAAACUUCUUGACUGCGAAGAUUUAAGCUUGCCUCUAUUGGCAAUAAAGUAUGAGGAACUGCAGAAAGAAAUUAAAGAUGGAUCAGCUGAUACCCUGCGGAAGGGACACACCUUACUUAGCAAAGGAGAUGCCCACAGCUCUUGGAUGACUGGUGUGCAGGAAUCGAUAGACUGCAUUCAGAAAAGAGUAGAUCACUUGAUCAAGCAGUGCCCUGCUUACAAAGAACUCGCCUCAAAAAAGCAACAAUUAACCACCUCCUUAGAUGAUUAUCUCAAGAAGGCCUCUACGAAGAUUAAAAACAUUGGUCCAAUACUCUCAGUUGCGAUGAAUCCUGGAUCAUCUGUGCCUGAAUCAGAGAAAGUCUUGGACAAAUAUUUAGAGCUGGCAAAUCAAACCAAGGAGAUGGCCAAUGAACUGGAAUUAGCUGUGAGAAUUUUUAAAGAGAUGGAAGAAUUUGAAACCACAGAAGUGACAGCUUUUUCUAACAAAGCCGACCUUCUGAAUGAAGAACUGACAACACUGAACAAGAAUAUUAGCUUAAAACUUGAAGUCCUGAAGCCAUAUGUGGCCUUUUUAAAGUCGUCAACUGAGGUUGGAGCUGAUGUUCAGAGGCUGAAAGAGUUCUAUAUAACUGAGCCUUUGCAAGAAGACAUUGACGCUAAAAAUGAGGCCUUGAUGCAGUCAGCAGACAUCCAGUGGCAGAUGGUUUUGAAGAAGAUUCUUUCCACUCAAGAUAUGGGGCAUGACUUUUUAAAUUUAGUAAACAUGGUAAAUGAGAAUCUAAUAUUGAAUGUAGAAAAUGUUGUACAAGUAACUGAACAUACUAUUGAUGUUCUGAACAAAGAAAAGGAAGAAUUGACACGGCUUUGGACAACAUGGAAACUUAAUAUGAAUCAAGUGAAAUCCAUUAAACAGCAGUGUGGGAAAUUUAAUGAGCAAUUUAAAAGUACUACACAAAACCUAAACUCUCUUCAAGAGGCACUCAAGUCUACCGCAGCACUUGAUCUUGGAAGUAACCUUUCGAUACUUGUAGAACUGCAAAAUAAAUUUAACCAAAUGAAACCACAGUUUCAGCAACUCAAUGCUGAGGUGGAAUACACAUUAAAGUUAUCAGAGCAGCUGAGCUUGAAAGGAGUUCCUGACAUGGAAAAGUCUGAGAAAGUAAGUGAGCUUAUGCAUCUCCAUAAAGAGAUAAAGGAAAGGAUGGCAGAAUAUGAUGACAUUUUCAACAAAACCCUCAGAUUCCAUCAUGUCAAAGAGGAACUUGAAGGUCUCAUAAAAACAGGAGGACUGGCGAUCACAGAAAUGAAAGAUGUGCCCAGUGACACCCCUCAUGCUAAGAUCCAUCUGAAUAAUGCUCAGGAGAAGCACGCACAUAUCAGGCACCUGUACAAAUUGGCACUUACACUUGGAAUGGAUAUAAUUUCAGCAGCGAAACAUCCUAAUUCCUUUCAUAUUUCUGUAAAGAACCUACAGCAGCAGCUGGACGCCCUGGAGUCUGACAGCGUUCACUGGGGUUCCAAAGCUGAAAUGUAUGAGGAAGAGCUGUCACACAUCCUCCAUUUCUGCACCAAAAGAGACGAGAUACAUGAGAUCAGAGAAUCAUUUAAAGACCUCAAAAAGAAAUUCAACAACAUGAAAUUCAACUAUAGCAAGAAAACUGAAAAAUCACGAAACCUGAAGACCUUAAGGAUUCAGAUUCAGCAAGUCGAGGGAUAUACUGAAAAAAUGCAGGUACUGAAAAAGAAGUCAGAGAAUUUAAAGAAGAAGAUCUUUGAUUCCUUAGCAACUCUGCCAAGUGAUAAAGCUGGGGUGCUUUCUCAGUCCAUCAAUGAAUUAGAGAAACAACUGAGUGAAUUUGGCAAGGUUAUGGAAGAUUACAAACAGAAUUUAGAUCUGAUGGAGCACCUGCAGCAGAUGGUGGAAGAGUGUCAAUUUUGGUGUGAAGAAGCAAGUGCUACGGUACUUAGAGUUGGAAAAUAUUCAUCAGAGUGUAAAACGAGGGAAGCAGUAGAAAUACUCUACAAGCAAUUCAACAAGUUUGUUGACCCUGUUAUCCCUCAGCAAGAGGAAAGAAUUCGGCAAAUUAGUAAUCUUGCGAAAGAUUUAUAUGGCAUUGAAGAAGGAAAGAAGUAUGUUGAAAAAAUAGCAGGAAAACACAAGGAAGUUCUUGAUUCUAUCAGUGAACUGUGUAGUUCCUUAACAGAACUUGAAGACAAGCUUGGGGAAGACUCACUCAAAGGAAAAGGGCCAAGUUCUGAUAAUACAGAUGCUGAGCUAGUUGCAGAAUGUGACAAGCUGGAAAAGAAGAUAGAGAAGGAGCAUGUAAAAGGAACGGCAAGCGAGCCAAAACAGGAAGAGCAGAUUGAGGAUUCUGUUUCACAGGACCCAGAAUUGUUAUCUCCUGCCAAAGAGGAUAGUUUCCAGGCUGAGCUCCUGGCAGAAGAAGUGAUCUCUGGAGACGAAUAUGAGUGUAUAUCCCCUGAUGAUAUCUCUUUGCCACCCCUUUCUGAGACGCCAGAAUCCAACCUUCUGCAUUCUGAAAUGGAGCUGGAAGAGCCACCUUGCAGUAGCUCCCGCAGUCUGCAUGUCAGCUCCUAUAGUGUGCAAAUGCCGAUAAACGCUGGCAGUAAGAGAAUGGCAGAUGAAUCGGAUCGCUUAACCUCUGUUGCUUAUGCUGACAUGCCUGGUCACAGGAAGGAACGUAUGUCAGAACAGCUAGAGAGGUUUUCUUCCUCUACCUUAAGCUACCACUCGAAAUGCAAAGUGGAAUCUCCUUUUGCUCAUAGUUCACCAGAAAUGCCUGAAGCCAGCCCUGUUUCCUGCACGCUCAAGACAAAGGCUGCCUAUUGCAUGACGAGUGAAGUGUGCGAGAGCCAUUUGCAACGCCAUGGGGGUCACAGGAGCAUGACAGAAGCGCAAAGACAAUUGCAUGCUAUAAAUAACUUUACUAAAAACCAGGAUAGGCUGCAUGCUUUACCCGAUGCAUUCUCAGGUCUCCUGUUUCAAUCAGACGCCACCAGAAGCUGUCAGAGGCAGAUGGUCACCCGAGAAGAGAUUAAAAGUGUAUCUGAAAAGAACAGCAUGGUCAGCCUAUCUGGACAGGCGCCUAACUUCUCCAAGCUCCUGUCUAAUGUAACUGUCAUGGAAGGUUCUCCGGUGACUUUGGAAGUAGAAGUAACAGGAUUCCCAGAGCCUACACUGACCUGGUACAAGAAGGGCCAGAAAGUGACUGGAGAUGAGCACUUAAAGCUCUUACACAAGGACACAAAGUAUACUUUGUUCAUUCAGAAGGUGUGUGACACAGACGCUGGGCUCUAUGUGGUUCGAGCUAAAAAUUCUAGUGGCACAGUCUCUUCCAGUGCCAUCCUCCAUGUGAAAGGUAACGGGGCACUUAUAAAAAGACUAGACUGGAUAAUCCUGUGUGCCCUCUACUUGGUUGUAUCACUUGCAUACUGGCUGUUCACUUAGUACAGGACUCUGACUUCACCGGACUUCUAACUUUCACAACUGGAGACAACAGCAAACGGUCGACUUUCUCUACACCUCACAUCACCUUUGCCUCUCUUGCUUAUGAGUCACUCUGAAUCUAGUGCUUUUAUAUUAAUAUCACAGCUACACUGGAAGUUGUUAUUCCAUUAUGCUUCAGUAAUGUUACAGGGGGGAAAGACAUUUUA